CCUCGUCAUUGUAGUUGAAAACCAGCACAAGCAGUCGUACCACAAACCGUACAAUGCUACAAACGUGUUUCAUUAAAUCCUGUUUCUAUAAAAGAUUUCUUAAUUUAUUUCUGCGGUCGACCAUUUUGAUUGAUAAUUAAAAAUAAUUAAUACGAUAAGCGGUUGUAUAAAGAUCAAUAAUUGGAAUUAAAAAAAAAAAGAGAGGUGGGAGACAAAUCACGACCUCAAUUACGACAGUGUCUUAAUUUGUAUUGCACGUUUUCAUAGUGUUUAAGUGCGUCAGAACUUAAGAAAGAGUUCUUCAUUCUUCGUAAAAUCCUUACGGAAGAGGAGAGAAAAACAAGAAAAAGAGACACAGAUAAAGGGAGAAAGAAAGAAAGGCAAACAGAGACAGAGAGAAAGAUAUAACAUUAAUCCGAAAAGAGGGAAAAAUUUUACGAACGAAACUGUACUUGCUCAAUCUCUCUCUCUCUCUCUCUCUCACUUUCUCUCUCUCUCUCUCUCUCUCUCUCUCUUUCGCGCGCGUGCGAGAGAGAAAGAAAGAGGGUCUGUCGAAAGUGCCGUUUACCAUGUAGAAGAUUGUACUGCAGAUGGCUGUAAUUCAAAAUACUAGAACGAAAGUUUAAGAGGUAUUAUGGAACAAUUCCAUGAUAUAAGCGAUGAAAACUUAAACAUAAGUGAUGUCAUCGAAGUCAUCCAAACCACCGACCCUGGUUUUGUGGAAUCUAACGGGCAGGUGGAUCAAGAAAUGGUCGAGAUGGGUGGAGCGCGGUUGGCUCAACCCUAUGUGGAAAUAGUAGAACAACCUGCAAGCAAAGCUUUGCGUUUUCGUUAUGAAUGCGAAGGUAGAUCUGCAGGUAGUAUACCUGGAGCAAACAGUUCACCAGAAAACAAAACUUUUCCUACUAUAAGAAUAGUAGGCUAUAAAGGUCGAGCUGUGGUAGUAGUAUCUUGUGUAACAAAAGAUUUACCAUACAGACCUCACCCUCAUAACCUUGUUGGAAAAGAAAUAUGUAAACGAGGAGUCUGUACACUUGAAAUUUCAUCUGAAAAUAUGACAGUUACCUUUGCUAAUUUAGGUAUUCAGUGUGUCAAAAAAAAAGACAUAGAGGAGGCACUUAAAAUUAGGGAAGAAAUUCGUGUCGAUCCUUUUAGAACUGGUUUUGAACACAAAAAACAGCCUACCAGCAUUGAUCUUAAUGCAGUAAGACUGUGUUUCCAAGUUUUUUUAGAAGGAUCGCAAAAAGGAAAAUUCACUCAUCCAUUAACACCUGUAGUAUCAGAUCCUAUUUUUGAUAAAAAGGCAAUGUCUGAUCUUGUGAUCAACAAGUUAAGUCAUUGUAAUGCUCCUGUUGCUGGUGGUAUGGGGAUGAUUCUUUUAUGUGAAAAAGUGGCAAAAGAAGAUAUUCAAAUUAGAUUUUUUGAAGAAAAAGAUGGACACGUUACAUGGGAAGGAUUUGGAGAUUUUCAACCAUCUCAAGUACAUAAGCAGACAGCAAUCGCUUUUCGGACGCCUAGUUACUGUACACAAGAAAUAGAACAACCAGUACAAGUUUAUAUCCAAUUGAAGAGGCCAUCAGACGGUGUGACAAGUGAUCCAUUACCAUUUGAGAUGUUACCAUUAGGUACAGAUGAUCGUGAUUCGUUCAGGCGAAAGAGACAAAAAUUUAAUAACAGCCCAAAAGCGAUAGUCUUGAAACAUAUACAGGCAGAAGCUGAAAAUAAUGCUGCAGUGACUUAUCAACCUAUGCAGUACUUCAAUAUUAUAAAACCAGAACCAAUGGAAGCAGUACCACCAUUUGGAGGUAUUGUUACAACUAAAGGAUCUUUUUCAUUACAUUCUAUGGGCACAUCAUCUCAACCUCAAUCCAAUAUGCAAACACUAAGACCUCAAGUAUCACCAGGUAGAACUCCAUCACCUAUGGAAUAUAAUCCAUAUACUUCACCUGUAAUGCAACCACACCUGUCACCUCAAUAUCAACCAUCAGCCUCUAAUGUAACACAGCAACCCUCAGUUGGAAUACAUGUACCACAACAAUGUUCGUUUUUACAAGAAAAUAAUUUGCAAGAUGCAGAACAAUUGAUAACACUAAACAAAAUCACUUCAGAACAACAAAAUACUGGUUUGCAACCUAUAUAUAAUAAUGAUAAUCUCGAAAAGAUAGAUGUGACUACUGGUUUAAGCAUCGAUAACCAGCAGUAUUUUGAUCUGAGUUUAAAUUCAGCAGAUUUAGCAGAAUUCUCAGUUUUUGAUAAUACUUUGUCCACAAAUUUAUUAAGUGGACUAUCUAUAUCAGAAUAUACAAAGGAUGGAACAAGCGAAAAUCCAAAUUUGGAAGCAAACUGUGUUGGAGAUAACAACACCAUGACCGAUAGUUACACUAACUUAACAAAAAAUACAAUUCAAGAAUUAUGUAGUUUAAAUGAUAUGUAUAAACCUACUAGGAGCCAUGACAAUUAAACAGUUCCACAUUUGUUGGAAAUCUACUUGUAAAAAUUUGAUGAUAUUUCUACAUGGUAUGAAGUUGUGUUAUGUGUAUAUAAAUAUUAUCUUUUUAUAAUUAAAAUCAUGGUAUUAUGCAAUAAUAUUGUAGAUAUUCCAGGUCUUUCUUAUUUACUGAUUAUUACACUGAUUUUAAUAUACUAACAUAAUAAUGUAAAGUUUAUUAAUUGUGAAUUCAAGUAUGAUAAAAAAAUAAUUUUUAGAAAUUUUUUAAUUUUCAAUAUAUGCUCGAUAUUAUGCGUAUUGUGUGUGUGUGUAUGUGUGUGUGUGCGCGUGUGUAUGUGUAAAAAUUAUUUUAGUAAUUAAAAAAAAAUCUAUAACUGUGAUGAAAUUACAAUGGAAAUAAGAAUUUGUACAGAUACAUAUUUUUUUUAAUCAAUAUUCUUUAUAACUGGAAUAAAAAUUGUUAUGAAUAUAUAGAAAUUUGUAUUACUAAAGAAAAGAUAAAUUUAAGAAAAGAAAAUCAUAAUUACAUUAAAGAUAAGUUACAUACACAUGUUAUACAACGAUUGAUUGCAGAAAAUAAAUAUUUUAUUAAAAAAAAAUAAAAGAAAAAAAUACGAAUAGACAUGCUCAACAUAAUAAUACAUGCAGAAAUGUAUGCGAUGUUAUCAAUUACAUUAAGCGUGAAAACAACUUGUAACAGUUCCAAGAAGUAUAAUCUAUCAGUCAACAUGAUUAUCAUUCGUCAAUAACACAAUUACAAUCUUUUCAUAUAUAGAAAACAAAAAUUUGUUACAUAUAGAAAAAUAUUUUUAUAAAUAUACGUAUUAUGUUUUUUUGAUACGUAAACAUAUGCAUACAUUACACAUUUUCAAUUUGUUUUUUAUUUUUGUAUAAUUUAAAUAAUUAUAUUAAUAAUGUGAAUUAAAAAGGGUUUAGUUAAUUUCUUUCGUCGAAAUAAAUUGCAAUGUUUAAUAAUUUUAUAAAAAUCAUUAUAAAAAGAAAUUUAUAUUCUGCUGUUGUUGCUAUAUUAACUUAGAAUAAAUUAUAUCUUUCAUGUUAUACAUGAUGUAAUGUAUCUCAAUAAUGUUUUAUUAUAUUAUCAUGUAUAUGGAAAAAAAAUGGAGAUUAUAUAUAUAUAUAUAUAUAUAAAUUUGGAUUAUAUAUACAAUUAUUUACCAUUUUUGUAUACUUGUACGUACGAAUUAUAAGUAUCACAUAAUUUGAGAGACGUCUUAUUUUUUAAUAAUUAACUAUCAAUAAUUAUUGCAGUGUAUUGAAUUAUACCUCAUUUCAUUUACAUUGUUCAGUCUCAGAAGCAAACUUAUUAACACUAUCAUCAUAAUAUAGUGCAGUUUACACAAGUAGACGAGGACAAUGAACGUUCUUUAAAACGUUUUAUAUUUAAAAAUGUGUAUAAAAAAUUAUACUUACAUACUAUAUAAUUUUAAAAAUAUUAUACGCGAUGAAUAUUAUAUUCUACGUGUGAUAUGGAUUUCAAAUAAUGAUAUGGAAGUAAGAAGUAAUGUCCAAUAAUGAUCGAUUUAUAAUUUUUUUUUAUUUUUCAUAAAUAUACCGAUAGAAAAAUAACAUCAUGUAAAUAUUUUUUAAUCUAAAUGGGAAGAGAUAUUCUCCUUCACACACUAGUGAAGAAUAAAAAGGUACAUCUGUAAUGUUUUUCAAAAUGUAUUUACUUAAAAAUACAAUGAAAGUUUCAAAUCUGAUGGAAUGGGCAGAAAAUGUAGUCUGUGGUGUCGGUUACUGUUACGUCGAGAGAGAGAGAGAGAGAGAGAGAGAGAGAGAGAGAGAGAGAGAGAGAGAGAGAGAGAGAGAGAGAGAGAGAGAGAGAGAGGGAGAGAGAGAUAGAAAG